AUGUUCACCAGAGGCAUUACUAUUUAUAAUCCUUGGGAUGAGCAAAGAAAAAAACAAUCUGUGAGAUCUAUGGGUUUUGGAGCUUUGUUAAAAAUGAAAAUCACGGAUAUACCACUGAAGCUGAGAUUUUAUGUUCUUCAAAAAUUUGAUUUUGAGAGAACGGUGAUAGAUAUUGAAGGAAAGGAAUUGAAAGUAAUAGCAGAGUCUGUUCAUGACAUGUUGGGCAUACCAAUUGGUGGAAACAAACUUACACAACUAGAUCAAUGGCCUAAGGAUGAUACAAGAGAUACAGAUAUCGAAGACAGUGAUUCUGAUAAAGAUGAAGAUCAUUCUGUUGAGGCAUAUGAAUCAAAAAUAUCAAAAAUGCUUAAUAGUUUUGAGAGGAUGAAGGAAAAGUUGAAUUCAAAGCUUAAUGAUGCGAUGACAAAGUUCCCUGAAAAGGAAAGUUUUAGAAUUUUCAAAGAAACGAUGACAAAUAUGAUUUUUGAAGAAAAAACUGAAAGCAUAACACUUUUUAAUUUUCCAAUUAAUGAAACUGGAGUUGAAGGAUUCAAUUCGACACCAAUAAUGGGUCAAAAAACAAAUGAUCAAACAGAAAAUGAAGAUAAAGAGGGAAAUGGUGAAGAAGACAGUGAUAAUGGUGCAAGUCAACCAGAAGUAGAUUAUUUGCUUAAUUCAAAUGAAGCAGAUAAUGAAGGAAUAAAGAAUGAUGCAUAUAAGAAUAAAAAAGAAGGUGAAAUUGGAGUAAAAAAGAAAGAUGGAAAGAGGAAUGAAAAUCAGAAUGAUGAAGAGGAAAAAGAUGAUCAUGUUGAGGAAACAAAUAAUCAUGAAGAGACUAUUCAACAAACUGAAAAUGAAAAUUUGUUGGAUAAAGUUGUGGACAAUGUCCUUGGAAUUGGAGUUUUAAAUUUAAAUAGUCAAGAAGAUGAAAUCUGGAAUCACCCUGAAAUGAAAACUAUUUUCGAUAAUAUUGAUAUAGGGUCACCAAUGAGUACAGGUAAAACUAAUACUCUUGUAGAAAAGGAAAAAUCAGAAGGUGUACAUGAACAAGGAACAAAAGUUGAAAAAACAAAGGGAGAUGAUACAGGCAAGGAAAACUCUGAAGAUAGAAAUGAAGGAGGAACACAAGAUAAGAACAAGAAAGAUGGAGGUGAAGAAAAACAAACAGAAAUUGAAAAAGGAAAUGCAGAAAAUAGAGAUACUCAUCCAAACUUUAGUCUAGGUAUCAGUCAAGAUUCAGAUCAAACUUCAAGUAAAAAAUCUAAUGAAUCUUCACCAAAAAAAACACUUACAAAGAAACAAAUAAAAGACGACCAUCAGAAGGUUGUUAUCAAAUUAGCAAAGAAAAAUGUUCUUAAUCCAAAUCCAAUCUCUGUAUCAAUUCCUACUAAAGUAGGACCAUCAAAGCAUGAUCUGGAUCAACCAAGAGAGAAGAAGCUUGCUGAUGCUUUCAAAUCACCUUUUAAACGCAGAAUAACAGACACAAAACCCAAACUGACACAUCAUGAGAGUAUUGUCUGUGAAUGGUUGUUCAAAUUACAAGGCAAUACAUCAGAUGUGGUUGUCCAGACAAAAUAUGGUUAG